AUGGAGUUCCCUGUCAUACAGCCAAAUGUAUUAGAACCCAUUUGGAUAAUCAGGAUAUUAAAGUGCUUGAUUGGCCUGGAAACAGUUCCAUUCAUUAAGUUACAGUUAGUUUGCAAUGCAGAUGGACUGAUAACAAGUUACAACACAAAAUAUCUUGGCAGUACUCGCGAUGCAUUCAUAUGGUCCAACUGUACCCUACGAACUCGAUUUGAGAAUAGAAGUCAUUCCAGAACACACGUGAUCAUAGAGCAGACAUUUAGCAUAUUAAAGUCAAGAUUCAUGUGUCUGCAUUUGGGGAACUCUUCAAUAUGA